AUGACCUUCCCCCACCCACUAGCCGCGAGCUUGCUCCUUCUAUCGCCCUUUCCCCAUCCACGCCCAUUUUUCGACUUCAGGGUCUUGACGACUCCUACCCUUUCGUCCUUCUUUCUCCACCCCCCGCGGACUGCAAGCUUGAAGAUGGUUCCGUACGGCGUUGAAAGCCCGCUCAUUCUCGGCGUGCUGGAAAUCGGCGUUUUCGUUUCUGUGUUUCUCUUCGGUAUCGUUGCGCUUCAGGGCUACAUCUACUGGAGGAGUGCUGCAGAGGACCGUCUGUGGUUGCGUAUCUUCGUUGGGACUCUUCUCAUCCUCGAACUGGCGCACACGAUCUCAGCUUGCCAUGCAGUUUACUUCUUCACCAUCCUCGAAGCGGGCGUUCCCGAGCUCGAGAGGGUGGCCAACUCAUAUUCGCUGGCGGUUACCCCUGUAUUCGAAACUGCUAUCACUGCGAUGGUGCAGGGCUUCUUCACCUACCGCAUUUAUCUCCUGUCUGGACGCAAGCUGAUCCCCGGAAUCUGUGCUUCACUUGGCCUAGCACGGCUCGUUGGCGGGCUUGCUAUGGCCGUCGAGGGCGUCAACGACGUUCCAUUGCAGCCCAAUGGCUUCCACUACCAGAACACAUAUGGAUGGGUUAUCACUACGGCACUAGACAUCGGCGUCGUGCUCGACGUCCUUAUCACGCUUUCGCUCUGCUUUUACAUGCGCAAGCUAUACGAUCCGUACAAUCUGCCAGGCGGGGAGGUGCUGCUUGACCGGAUGAUUCUGUGGACUAUCGAAACUGGACUGAUAACAAGCCUCACAUCCGUCACGGUGGUGAUUGCUUUCACCACGAUGAAGUACAACUAUGUCUGGCUUGCGCUGUACACCCUCUUGGCUAAAUGCAACCUUAACUCACGUCCGUCCAACCGCCGAAUCGUGCGAAACGGCCGCGGGUCGCCGGAACCGACUACUGGCGUCAAGACGUGGUCGCGUUGGGAUGCCACGCCGUCCCCGAGCCGUCCGGUAUCGCCCCGCUCCUCCUUGACCAUCCAUAUUACGCGCACACGUACAACAGACGCAGAUUUCGAUACGGAAAAGACGUUCAUUGAGAAGGGCCUGCUCUCGGCGCCGAACUCUCGGCCCGCGUCCCCACCGUGCCUCCAGCCUGGUAAUGCGUCGGCGGGCCCUCAACAUGAGGUGGACAACGCAUUGCUGACAGUUCCCGUGGAUCCUGAGCGGCUCGCGGCUCGUGUGCGCAGCUUGGGUCUGUCAGUCGUCGGGAAUCAUCGAUCAUUGCGUGACGAUUACGCGAUCCGCUUCUCUCCUCCUGACUCCCACGUCGUCAUGGCCCUCCAACCCACCCUCCGUGCGUUGCUCAUCGCGGGCACCCCCGACGCGCCGCACACUCUCGACGUCUUCCUGGACUACGUCUGCCCCUUCAGUGCGAAGAUGGCACGCGCGAUCGACAGCAUACUCGGCCCGCUCCUCGGCCCGGGCGGCGUCUACUACGGUAAGGUGAAGGUCGUGUUCCGCCCGCAGGUGCAGCCGUGGCACGUCUCGUCGACGCUGGUGCACGAGGCGGGACUCGCAGUUGCACGCGCGGCGCCGGCGUCUUUCUGGCCGUUCUCGCUCGCACUGUUUGCGCGGCAGGGCGAGUACUUCGAUGCGCCGACGGAGAAGCUCACGCGGGCCGAUAUCCGCGCAAAACUCGCGGCGCUCGUGGCCGAGGUCGACCAAAGUGCGGCGGAUGGUGUGACCCAGCUAUUGACGCUGAAGACUACAAGCCCGAAUGGCGGGAACGGCGUCACUGACGAUUUGAAGUACACCAUCAAAUUCGCCCGGCAGAACGGGAUACAUGUCUCGCCGACUGUGCUGUGGGACGGGCUCGUCGCCAACGAAAUAUCGAGCGGGUGGGGAGAGACGGAGUGGGAAGGAUUCCUCGCGGCGAAGGUCGUUCUCUGA